AUGGAGGCGUGUCGGGCUCUAUGAUUGGACUGCGCGCGCGGUGCCCGCUCUAGCCGCGCCCCGUCGCUCUCCAUGGGGCGCUGGGAGGACUGUCGGGGCGGGCUUCUGCGCUCGCCGGCUGGUCCCUUCUCCUGGCGACCAUGGCGCCUCCGAAAGAAAACGUCAGUUUGCUUUUUAAGUUGUACUGCUUAACGGUGAUGACCUUGGUGGCGGCAACAUACACAGUGGCUUUGCGGUACACACGUACGACAGAGACAGUGUUGUACUUUUCGACGACAGCUGUGUGUAUAGCAGAAGUUAUCAAGCUUUUCCUAAGUCUGGGCAUUUUAGCAAAAGAGACUGGAAGUGGAGGAAGAUUGUUGACAUCACUGAAAGAAAAUGUCUUGGGAAGCCCCAAAGAACUACUUAAACUAAGUGUGCCCUCUCUGGUGUAUGCCAUUCAGAACAACAUGGCCUUUCUGGCUCUUAGCAAUUUGGAUGCAGCUGUUUACCAGGUCACGUAUCAAUUGAAGAUCCCCUGCACAGCCUUGUGUACAGUCUUAAUGCUUAACCGCGCUCUCAGUAAACUGCAGUGGUUCUCGGUCUUCAUGCUUUGUGGCGGAGUCACACUUGUUCAGUGGAAGCCAGCUCAGGCUACAAAGGUUCAGAUGGAACAAAAUCCUUUGGUAGGCUUUGGUGCGAUCGCUAUUGCUGUUUUAUGUUCAGGAUUUGCAGGGGUGUAUUUUGAGAAGGUGCUCAAGAGUUCAGACACAUCUUUAUGGGUCAGGAACAUCCAGAUGUAUCUUUCUGGAAUUGUUGUGACCUUGGUUGGUGUCUACAUGUCUGAUGGUGCUCAAGUAAUGGAGAAAGGAUUUUUCUAUGGCUAUACACAUUAUGUCUGGUUUGUGAUACUUCUUUCCAGUGUUGGAGGUCUUUACACAUCGGUGGUUGUUAAAUACACAGACAAUAUUAUGAAAGGCUUUUCUGCAGCAGCUGCCAUUGUCCUCUCUACUGUUGCGUCUGUUGUUCUCUUUGGUUUACAGAUAACGAUAACUUUCUCUCUUGGUGCUCUUCUCGUAUGUAUUUCAAUCUAUCUGUAUGGAUUGCCUCGAGAAAACACGACAAAACUCCAGCCAGUAGAACCAAAAGCGUCAAAAGCAAAUCUUAUUCAUGUUUAAUGUUCACAAUCAUGAAGAACAAAAAAAAAAGACAUUUCAAAGCAAAGAAGACUUGACAGAGUGUCUUUCCCCAGUUUCCUUUUAAAAAAUAGCCUUAAAGUGUUUUUGGCAAAUGUUUCUGCUUGAACUAAAUGUGAAGUAAUCGUCAGUGGAAUGAGGGCUUACACUGGAGGAUGGAUACUUCACUAUAUUGUGUAGCACUGUAACUGAUGUAAAGUUGUGUCUUUCUUUUGGGUUGGACUAUGAAGAUUCUGCUCAUCAAAAAUAUAUAUAUAUGAAAGAAUGGAAUAUGCACCUAUAUAUCAAUAUAUAUUGUGUAUAUAAUAAAAGAGUGGGGCAUUACUGGAAGUUACUUUGAUGUACCAGAGAAGAGCAAUGUCUACUCUUUGAUGAGAUUAAUUCUCUCUUUUAAUAUGUUGAUCAUACUUUUAUUGUGUAGAAUGUCCCACUCAUUUUCCUUUGCAUGCCCCUAUCUUUAAGACCCAGCCAACUGCUGAACAGCUCUUAACAGUUGUCCAGAAUGCUUCUGAAACAUGGCCAUACAGCCCGGAAAACUCAUAGCAACCCAGUUGUUAAACUAGUUGUAUCUACAGUGACAUGACACUUGAGAAAGAAUGCCAUUAUUUGAUGGUUGAACUGACCAUAACUGGAACAGAUCUUGUGGUCUUCAUGUGUUUGGUAGAGUGAAUCCUUUUACAAUAACAGGAAGGAAAAAUGCUGCUGCUUCUUUUUAUACACUUUCCCCCCUUAUGAUGGAGUUUUAUACCAUUUUGUAUACUAUUAAGAUUGUUGUCACACUUAUCAGCCCUGAAAUAAUUUUUGUGUAAGUUAGGUAAUGCAGUGUACCAUUUUGGAAUUGUGCCUUUUACUUGAAUGAAACAUAAAGGAGCAACUGUGGCCCUUGGCGGUUUUCUUUCAGUUGUAACCCUCACCAUUCAUUAUGGGACACACAGGCCAAAAUACAUCUGGGAAGGACAAAGUUGCCUACCUCCAAAAUACUUUUUUCUGGGACUGGGAGCGGGGGGCGGGGAGCAAGUACUGCAUAUUCUGUAUUACUUAGGUCAAUAGCGGGGAGUUGUGUGGCCCUACUGAUGGUGUUGGACUGCAAACUCCCAGCUGCACCAGCCUGCAAAGCCAGGGAUGAGGAAUACUGGAAGUCACAGUUCAGCAAUAUAUGCAGGGCCAUGAUUACCAACAAUAGUAUUGUACAAUUUGUGAAGUCAUAAGCUGGCAACAUGUUUUGUUUAGGAAUUUGUGAAAGAUGUGAUUUCCCCUCCCCCAUUAAAUAAUUGUACAUGUUUUUUUAAA